CACUAGAUCUGCGGCACAUCUGGAAUCACGACGGACACGGAGCGACGCGGAUCCAGGAACUGUGAAGUCAGUUGGGCUUGGCUGGCUGCUGCCGUGUGUUCCAGCAGCGACGCAGUCAUACCCUGCCGUACAUAACUCUGUAACUAAAUAUAAAUGCAGCUUCUUAAAUAUCUCCCCUUGCACUUCUGCUACGAACGCUGCUAGAAGCAUCUCAAUUUUCAGCAUGGCAGACUGUGGCGAAGUGGACUGUCCAGCAGUGGCUCCCUCCAAGCUGAUAGAGGAAGCAGAAGAUCCUUGUGCUGCAGACUCUUCCGCUUCCACCACCACCAUCAACCCUGAGUGUGCCAUCUGCCUGCAGAGCUGCAUCCACCCUGUACGCCUCCCGUGCUGCCAUGUGUUCUGUUUCCUGUGCGUGAAAGGUGCCUCCUGGCACAGCAAGCGCUGUGCUCUCUGCCGACAGGAAGUCCCCGAGGACUUUCUGGAGCGUCCCGUUCUUCUCUCACCUGAGGAACUGAAGGCAGCAGCUGCAGGGCUGAGCCGAACUGGCAGGACAGGGAAUGAUUCCGGUGAAGACUAUGCAUGGUACUAUGAGGGGCGCAAUGGCUGGUGGCAGUAUGAUGAGAGGACCAGCUGUGAGUUAGAGGAGGCCUUCGCCAAAGGCAGAAAGUGCACAGAGAUGCUGAUUGCGGGGUUUCUUUAUGUGGCCGACCUAGAGAACAUGGUGCAGUAUCGCCGCAACGAGCAUGGCCGUAGACGCAAGAUCAAGCGGGACAUUGUAGAUAUUCCCAAGAAGGGAGUGGCAGGACUGAGGCUGGAUCCAGGACCUGCCCCACCCCAGGCUUUACCAGUUUUAACCCAAGCUGCAACAGAACGCAUCAGCUCUGCUGAUGGAUCGGAUACUUCAGGCCAGUCACACACUUCUUCCUUUGGGCUACUGUCACUACCCCCCAUCCGGCCUCCAACACUCCUGGGACGUCAUCUUACGAGUCCGCUGUCUCCUGCAACCUCAACUCUAGAAGAGUCCUUCUCCCAGCUUCUAAUUAGCCAUCCAGAGGCUGAAGAGGUGGAUGGAGAUGAUGAGCUACAGACGUAUGAGUAUGCAUCUGGCAACAGUGAGAGUGAAGAGGAAAGGGAGUUAGAGAGAGGAAGAGACAGACAGAGAAAUCUGAGAGACAGCCAGCCAGCAAGAAUGCCGCCGAGGGGCGGACCCUCCAACCCUGCACUUAGUCUGCGCUCACGUAGUCCUGAUGGGCAGUGCACUGUGACAGAGGUGUGAUCACCGAGGGACAGUAGCAACUGUUUUAAACUCACAUUAGUUCAGCAAAAACCUUUGAAAAAUAUUAUGCAUCUUAAAGGUCCCAUGAAUAUGAAUGAAAUCAAUGGACAUAUUUUCCCCAUCUCUGUCAUAUCAUCCAGUGUGGUCCUAAAUAUUCUUCCUUGGAGGCUGAUUGAUUAUAAUAUUAGUUUUGGCAGUGAUACAGUGGAAAAGUUAAUAUUAAUGAGUUCAACGGCAAGUGAGUUUAGUUUGAUUCAGAAAUAAGCAAAUCAAUUCAUUUCAAGGGACCUUUAAAUGAUUUCAACGGCUUUUGUUGAAAAUGAACAAGUUUCAGCCAAGCAAUAUGAGGCAACGCUCAAUCCCAUCAAUCUCAGCAACACUUGUAUCUCGGCCAAAAACGAAAAAGAAAACUGUGGCAACUUAGUAAUGUUGUCAAAAGCUGCCAUAUGUCACUGCCUUCAUAUCAGUGUGACAAUGCAAUACAACCUCUUUAUCUCUAAAUGACUUGUUUUCUGAGUCAAACCGAGCUCAUGGUUUUCUCGUUUUGAAAAUUGUAACGUAAAGUGUAGCAUAGUCUGUACCAGUUAGGGGGUUAAAACUGCUUUUACUGCUUUGCUGUGUUUUUUUACUUUAAAUCAGUAAAUAAUAACUAUUUAAAUUGAAGUUUUCUUCCGUGUGUAUGUAAUAUAUAUAGAGGUACUGUAGAGAGAGACUGUGGUUCUUCUAUUUUACUGUGAAAACCUUGUUUUAAUGAAUGUGUUUCUGUGUUGUUGGGUGCUGAAAAGCUGCUGGCAAAACCACUGGAAAAUACUGGGCUCUAGGUGUAGACAGAUCCAUUUGGUUUUCUAUUACUACUACUAUCGAAGCUCUGGCACUGACAUAUUUGGAAAAGAGCAAGUUGUCCUUGCAAACCCAGUUUCUUUCUCCUCUUGGAGCUGCUUUGAAUUUUUAUUGUUAUGUCCUGUUGUCAGAAAUGAAGACAAACCUCUGUUUGCGUGAGUGUGAUGUGCCCUCUGCUGUUUUUGUCGUGUUAUUAAAAGUGUUUGUCUAUCAUUUAAAA